CAAGCACAACAACGAAUGCAAAGGAAUCAACAAAGUGUGCUCGAUUUUAACAAAUGGAAACAGGAGGAUAGUCAAGCCUUGGUUAUACUUCAAGGCUCCCUGGAACCUUAUCUUCUGCAGUCUUUCAUUUCCCAUGACACAACAAAAUCGCUUUGGGAAUCCCUGCAGAAUGUUUACGGUAACCUUUCCAAUGUUAGUCGAAUUUUUGAGUUAAAAAAGAAACUUUUUCACCUACAGCAGAAUGAUCAGCCAUUCAACAAGAUUCAAGGCGAAUUUUCUGCUUUAUGGGCUGAACUUGAAGAAAUUAGGCCAACUUCUAUCGAUCCACAAAUCGUUAUGGAAAGAGCUCAAGAAGACAAGGUGUUCUCCAUUCUUACCACUCUUAAUGCAUCAUUUAAUGAUCUGAUUUAUUAUGUACUUCGACAACCUAAGCUUCCAACAUUUGAAGAGGUAUGUAUGAUGAUUAAGAGGGAAGAGGGAGGUCGAAAUUUAUUCACCGGUCCUCAUGAGCUUGCACAUUACACUACAAAACCUACUGCAAAUAACUAUGCUCCAAGGGACAGAAAAUCCUUUUAUUGUGAGCAUUGCAAACGUCAAGGGCACACCAAAGACCGCUGUUGGGUGGUUAAUCCUCAUCUAAAACCAUCAAGGUAUAAAGACGCUCCUCGUCGCGGUUCUGCAAUGACCGCCGGUCAUGAUACCACUUCAAACGAUGGAACCAUCAGCCUCACAACUGAUGAGAUGAGAGGCCUUAAACAACUUCUUCAAUCUCUCAACAAAGAGACUGGAUAUUAACUCAGACCAUGUGUUUGGAAAUGGCACAAGGACGGGCAAUCUCUUUUACAUCGCAUAAUCUCAUUCUAGUUUUUUCUCCGUUUCACCUAGUGUGUGGCAUGCUCGCUUUGGACAUCCACACUCUAAACUUUUACAUUUACUUGUUCCCAACGUCAAGUCAUUUGAACACAUUUGUGAAGCUUGUACUUUAGGGAAACAUUGUCGAACGGUUUUUCCGAUUUCCUCUACUAUCUAUGAGCAUGCUUUUGAUUUAGUUCA